GCAACUUGAGUGUAGUACUCAAAAACAGACCAAAAAACAUGACAUCAACACAGGCACACAUGGUAGAAAUGUGUUUGACUAUAUGAAAACAUACAGCUUUCAACGAUCUCAGACAGAAGACUCGAACAACUCAACGCCAAGCAAAUGAGAAAAGAAAAUUUUGAAAUUUUGUCAACUAAAAGUGUCGUGGAUGCCGUCGUUGUCGGAGCGAAUUUAUGUUUCGGAAGAACGAAUUUGAAGAACGACGCGUACGAGUUGGGAAAACGCGCGGGCACAAGGUGACACUGGGCCGUCGUAAGGGCUCCUACACUUUGCCAACAAUAUCCAUCAACAACUACUAGUGUGUAUAGAGUUUGUGAAGUGUUAACUUGAUAAAUUGUUUAAAUAGUGUAUAAAAGUAUUAAACUAAAAAAUUUACAGUUUCACUUAUACAUAUGUAUGUCAUAAAUUAAAAUCUUCAAGUGUUCUUCUUACUGUUAUGACGAAAUACAAUUCAAGUGCAGUGUCUCAAACGAACUCCAGCUCAAGUUCCAGCAAUAACAAAAGUAAAAGUAUUUCAAGUACAACAACAAUGGAACGCAUCAGCAUCAAGCAGGAAUUCAGCAGCUUCGCUCAGCACAGCGCAUUUCCACAUGCGACUAUGCUUCAGGGUCAACAGCAAAUAUCCCUAACACAUCAGCAACGCACGGCGACACACCAACUUCAUCAGCAUCAGCAGCAGUCGCAGCAUUGUCAACAACAACAACAACAUUCACAGCAACAACAUUUACAUACAUUGUUCAGCCGUUAUGGCGCCGCUGUCGGUAUUGGAGUCGGUUUGAACUUUGGUGGAGAGUCCGCCAAUCGGAUAUCGGCAAGUGCUUUUCUGGCGGAUAACGGCAAUGCCUGCAAUUAUUCCAUUUCGCGUGACAUCGAUAAGCCCGAUUUGACACCGUCACCAAUCUUCACGGAUUACGAUGAGAAUAGUUUAAGCUCGGAAGAGCAUGUACUGGCGCCAUUGGUGUGUUCAUCUGCCCAGACAUCGCGUCCGUGUCUGACGUGGGCCUGUAAGGCCUGCAAAAAGAAGAAUGUGUCAGUGGAUCGCAGAAAAGCGGCAACACUCCGGGAACGUCGUCGUCUGAGGAAGGUAAAUGAGGCUUUUGAGGUGCUGAAGCGUCGCACGUCGACAAAUCCAAAUCAAAGAUUACCGAAAGUUGAAAUACUGCGCAAUGCCAUCGAGUAUAUUGAGAGUCUCGAAGAUCUGUUGCAGGAAUCCUCACCCACACGUUCGAUCGAUUGUCUAAGCGAAGGCAUAAGUGGGAAAGCGUGUCAACAGGACUAUUUGAACUCAUAUUCAGGUGCGUAUUUGCGACAGAAGUUAAAUAUGUUCCACAAUGAUUUGGACACUUUCGGCAUUUUCUCAGAAUUCGAUUCAUCGGCCGCGAACGGUUCCAGUUUGGAUUGUCUGAAUUUGAUCGUGCAAAAUAUCAGUCGAACUACAACGCAGAACACGCCAACAGCGCCGUCGGGAAAUAACAAAAACAAUAAUAAUGCGUCCACCAACAACAUUUGUAAGACGAGUAGUAGCAGCAGCAGUGGAGUUAGCAGUUGUGGUAGCAGCAACAACAAUGUAAAUAAUGCCGCGAAAAAUGUGCCAGUGACGCCCUCACCGUCGGCAGCAAGUAUUAGCAGCAAUACAUCGCAGAGCUCCUCGCAUUCAUCGCUCAAUGCGACUUUUAAGCAAAAGUGCACAACGUGAAAUUGAAGUGGACAAUUAAUUGCAUUGAAGGGGCUACCGUUACUUCGAAUGUAAAGGAAUAUAAGUUGCUUAACAAAAAAAAAAAAAAAUAGUGAAGGAUACAAGUUUAUACAGAAUAAUAAAUUUAAUAAUUUUAAUAUUUAUAUUUACUUAUUUGAGAUUAAGACCAAAGAACAAUAAGUUAUUUA